UACAUAAAUACAUGUAGGCAACACACCAAUGUAUAUAAAUUUUAAAAAGUACAAAAAUAAGUGUAUUAUUUGUUGAGUUUUGACAAAUUACCACUCUGGUUAAAAUAUAGGACUAUUCAGGCUGGGCAUAGUAGCGCACACCUUUAGUCCCAGCACUUGGGAGGCAGAGGCAGGGGAAUCUCUGUAUGUUCAAGGCCAGCCUGUUCUACAUAGUGAGGAGUUCCAGAACAGCCAGAGUUAUGUAACAGAGAUACUAUCUCAAAAAAAAAGGACUAUUCCAUAACCAUCCCAAACCUUCCUAGUGAUCUUUGAGAUCAACCUUCCCAUUCCAGGAAACUAUUAUUCUAAUAGCUUAUAAUUUAGAAGAUUCAGUGUGGACCCCAUAUGCUGCGCUUUGCUGUUGUUAUUGUUAUUCCUGUUUGCUUUUCAGAAAAAGGCUUGCAGUGUAGUCUAAACUGUCUUGAAAUUUAUGACUCUCCUGCUUCUACUCCUGAAUGCUGGGAAUACAAGUGAGCCCCACCAUACCUGGCUAUUGGAUUAAAUUUAUUGCUGAAGUUAUUUCUGGAGAUGGACAUGGGUUAUUUCUAGUUUUCGUUUUGUUUUGUUUCUUUGUUUUGUUUUUCAAGACAGGGUUUCUCUCUGUAGCCUUGGCUAUCCUGGAAUGCCCUCUAUAAACCAGGCUGGCCCCAAAUUUACAGAGAUAUGCCUACCUAUGCCUCCUGAGUGAUGGGGAUUUAAAGCAUGAGUCACCACCACCCAGUUUAACAUGGUUUCAAUAGUGAAAAAUAAGAUAGCAAUCUCAGCAAGAAGCCCAAGACUGGUGCAGUAUCUGAGAAAGUCCUGGUAACCAUCGCCUAAGCAGCAGGAUAUUUAUAUUCCCAGUCUCGCCUGAGGCUUGUUACUAUGGUUGUUUUUAUUGUUGUUAUUAUUAUAUUUUCUUCUCAUUGAAUUGAAGCUUGACACUAGAUUUUUUUAAAACUCAUAGUUAAGGAAAAAUAAAAAGGUAAAACAUUUCUACACAGUUGCAGCAAAACCACCGUUUUGAAAUGCCCAGUGUUGAAAGUCGGAGUUCCCCGCACUCCAUCCUGAAGGGAGGGGGCUGAGUGUCUGUGCAGCAGCUGCUCUCUGAGUGUAACCAAACAGCCUGUUUUCCCCUAUGAAAAAAACAGCGUUUGGCCAAUGAGCAAAGCGACGAGGUCGUCGAGUGAGACUGAAGAUAUUUGGGAAACAGAGGAGGAUGACAUGACAGAAGGUGACCUAGGGUGUGGCCUCGGAAGAAGACCUGGUGGUGUUUAUGAAGUUUCGUGUUCAAUUACAUCGAAGAAAAGGUCAGCCGGAAAGAACUUGAGCCCUCCUCUGUUUCCAAGAAAUGGAGAAGAAAGAAGCGAAACCAUUUUUCAGUAUUCCAGGAAUAAGGGCUUACAGGACAUGUGCGCUCACGGAUGCGGAGCGUCCAGCUACAGACGGCAGAGCAGCACGAAUUCUAACUCAGAAUUGUCAAAUGAACAAUUAAGACAACGUCUUCAUGAAACUUUAGAGGAAGUAGAGAUUUUAAAAACUGAACUUGAAGCAUCUCAAAGACAACUUGAAGGGAAAGAGGAAGCACUGAAAAUCCUUCAGAGCAUGGCAGUGCUUGACAAAGCCACAAGUCACACACAGACAGUGCUUCAAAAAACCAUAGAACAAAAGAGAUCUUUGGAGAAGGAAAUAAAUGCCUUGCAGUGGGAAAUGGAAUUUGAUCAGGAUAGAUUUAAAAAUAUAGAGGAAUCCUGGAUCCAAAAAUAUGACAGACUAAACUGUGAUAAUGCAAUCCUCAGAGAGAAUCUGAAGGUGAAAACAGAAGAAAUUAAAAUGCUUAAGUCUGAAAAUGCUGUUUUGAAUCAGCGGUAUUUGGAGGCCCUCGCCAUGCUUGAUAUCAAACAGCAGAAGAUGGCUCAGGAGAACAUGGUUCAGGAGGACAGUGGCUUUGCAGAGGUGUCCGGUCUCGAGCUUGCUGUCCUUGGAGCCUGCCUGUGUCUCGGUCCUGGAGGGAGCCCCUGUUCUUGUGCCAGAAUGGCAGCAUCCACUCGGAAACUGGUUCUUCAGCUCAAACAAGAGUUGGAAAUUCUGCAGAAAAGUAAGGAAGAAGCUCACAUAAUGGCAGAUGCAUUCAGAAUUGCUUUUGAGCAACAAUUAAUGAGGAAAAACGAGCAGGCACUGAGACUGGCACACGUGGAUAUGUGUAGAAGAGCAGCAACAGGAAUAAACAGGCAACACCCGAAAGAGGAUGGAUAUGCAUCACAAAGGAGAAAGAAGACCUUUGGGCAGAGGCUGCUGGGGAUACUCCCUUCAGAAAACAGUUCCAAGAGGACUGAAGACCAAGACAAUCAGCAAGAAGUCUUCAGGAUGCUAAUAGACUUGUUGAAUGACAAAGAAGAAGCACUGGCUCAUCAAAGAAAGGUCAGUUACAUGCUUGCUCGGACACUGGAAGACAAAGACACUGCAGCAAAGAAUAAGGGCAGAAUUCCCAGGAACCAGAAUUUCCUAUUCACAACCUCCUGGCAGGAAGCUUCAGAAGACUGUGUUUUGUGUGAUCCAGCACAUUCAAAUGUCCAUGUUUCUGAUCCUGUGGGUUGCAUUUGUUCAGUCCAGCAUCCCCAGAGACACUCAGACUGCUCAAGAGCUCUUAAAAGAUCCUGUUCUUUGCCAUCAAAUAUAUUUUAAAAACAAACCAGAUGAAAUUAGGAUUAGAGUUGCUAAAAAUCAGAUUUUGGAGUUGGAAAUGUAUCUCAGAGGUAGGAGGACACUUGGUCAGUGUUCAUAAGGCCUUGGUUUUAGUACAUGGUGGUGUACACCUUUAAUCCCAGACUUGGGAAUCUGAGACAGGCAGCAGAUCUCUGACUUUGAGACCAGGUAGUCUACAGAGCCAGUUCCAGGACAAGGGCAACACAAGGGAACCCUGUCUUGAAAAAUCAAAACAAAACAAAAAAGGCCUUGGAUUUGAUGUUCAGCAUUGCAAGGACUUUGAAAAGAAACACAGGGCAUGGAGGAUCAUACUUCUAAAUCCUAGCACUUGGGAGACUUAGGCAAAAAGACUACUGUGAAUUUGACUAGAUUACAGUAAGACUAUUGCCAAUGUUGAUAAAUAUUAAGAAGUUGUAUGUUUUCUAGAUGUUUUUAAAAUGUGUUACCAUAGUAAUUUACAAAGUAGUAAGUUCAUUAUGAUAUCUGAAUAGAUAUAUUAACAAUAUAUGUGUUUUGACCAUAUCCUCCUUUUUUAAUUUUAGGAUGCAGCUUAAGUAAUCAAAUCUUUAACACAUGUUCUAUAAGAAAUAUACUAGUAUUGUAUAAGAAAUGUAUUGUGUGGACAUCUUAUUUAUAAAAUGC